GGCUUGUCAGCCACGUUUAUUCCGAAAGCAUUUGCGUACGGCGUUGCGGCAUUGCGGCCUAAAAUCGUCCUAAAAUUUCAUCAUCCGCCCAAUUUGGCAUACCGCACAAACCACUUUCAGAUUGUUACCUAGGUAGCCGUAAAAAUGGUGCUCGAUUUGGAUCUGUUCCGCAGCGACAAGGGUCACGAUCCGGAGAAGAUCCGGGAGAACCAGACAAAGCGCUUCAAGGAUGUGGCACUGGUCGAGACGGUCAUCGAGCAGGACAAGGAGUGGCGCCGGUGCCGCUUCAACAUGGACAACUACAACAAGCUGAAGAAUCUGUGCAGCAAGGAGAUCGGCGAGAAGAUGAAGAAAAAGGAACCGCAGGGCGAUGAGAGCGAGCCGCUGCCGCAGUCGGUCCAGGACCAGCUGCGCGAGAUGCAGCUGACCUCGCUGAAGGAGCUGACCGUCAACCAGAUCAAGAAGGUGCGCACACUGAUCGACGCAGCGGUGGUGGAAAAUGAGCAGCAAAUGAAGGAGGUGGAGGCGAAGAGGAACGCGGCACUGCGCGAGGUCGGCAACCAUCUGCACGAGAGCGUCCCGGUCAGCAACGACGAGGACGAGAACCGGGUGGAGCGCACGUUCGGGAACUGUGAGACGCGCCUGAAGUACUCGCACGUCGAUCUGAUCGUGAUGAUUGACGGUAUGAAUGGGGACAAGGGUGCGGUGGUGUCGGGCGGUCGGGGCUACUUCCUUACCGGGCCGGCCGUAUUUCUCGAGCAGGCACUGAUCCAGCACGCGCUGCACAGUCUGUACGCGAAAGACUACACGCCACUGUACACGCCGUUCUUCAUGCGCAAGGAGGUGAUGCAGGAGGUGGCGCAGCUGUCCCAGUUCGACGAGGAGCUGUACAAGGUGGUCGGCAAGGGCAGCGAGCGGGCCGAGGACGGUACGGCGACGGACGAGAAGUAUCUGAUUGCGACCUCGGAGCAACCGAUUGCCGCGUACCAUCGGGAUGAGUGGAUCCCGGAGGCGUCGCUGCCGAUCAAGUACGCCGGGCUAUCCACCUGCUUCCGGCAGGAGGUCGGGUCGCACGGCCGCGACACCCGCGGCAUCUUCCGGGUGCACCAGUUCGAGAAGGUGGAACAGUUCGUGCUGACCUCGCCGCACGACAACAAGUCGUGGGAGAUGAUGGACGAAAUGAUCGGCAACGCGGAGGCGUUCUGCCAGUCGCUGGGCAUUCCGUACCGCGUGGUGAACAUCGUGUCCGGUGCGCUGAAUCAUGCCGCCUCGAAAAAGCUCGACCUGGAGGCAUGGUUUGCCGGGUCGGGUGCGUUCAGGGAGUUGGUAUCGUGCAGCAAUUGCUUGGACUAUCAGGCCCGCCGGCUGCUCGUGCGUUACGGCCAAACGAAGAAGAUGAAUGCGGCUGUGGACUAUGUGCACAUGCUGAAUGCGACCAUGUGCGCUACGACGCGUGUGAUUUGCGCCAUCCUCGAAACGCAUCAAACGGAAACGGGCGUAAAGGUCCCCGAGGUGCUUCAGAAGUACAUGCCGGAGAAGUAUCGUGAAGAGAUUCCGUUCGUGAAGCCAGCCCCGAUCGACGUGGAGCAGGCCGCGGCCGAGGCAAAGAAGGGUGGCAAGAAGGGCGGUGAGAAGAAGAGCGGAACGGCUGCAUAAAAGAUAUACACUGGCAUAGGUUAAUCGAAAUCGAUCUUCAACUCAAUAGCGACGUCAUUAAGCACAUGUCGAUCGGGCACACGUACUAGAAUCGCAGCCGUCGUCGUCUAAUUUAUUUCAAAUCUACUCAGUUCUACCAUGAAUCCGGUGCUGAAAGCAUUUAAACAGUGCAUUUGCUUGAAGCUGAAGCUCUAUCGGUAAUAAAGUGUUGUUCCCCAUCCGCUUGUGCAGCUGCUGCUGAAGUGGAUCACUAAG